AUGAGUUCUGACAAAAUCUCCAUAAAAGUUGACGACGAUAUCAGUAACGAUCUCAAGGACGAAAUUAAUAAAAUUGAUGAAAACGAUAUCAUUAACGAUGAUAGUGAUAUCGAUAUCAAUAAACCGGCGUAUAUCGACAAACCUAUUAUAAAAGUAUCACCAAAUGGAGAAUAUCUUGUUGUUUACAAUCCAGAAGAUCACUCAAUCGUCGGUUGGAAUGUUAAAGAUAUAGAGGAGGGACAACUUACUAAAUCAGACGCUCCUGUCAAAGUAAAUGAUAGUAUAGAUCAAAUAAGUGUUUCCGAUGAUAAGAAACUUGCGUAUACGUUUUACAAGAAAAACGAGUAUUUGCUAAAAAUAAUUGAUAUUAAUAAUAACCAGAAAAUUAAACUAAGUCUAAACAUAGAAUUAUUAAGUUGUCCAUAUCAUACCUUUAAUUUAAAAUAUGAAUUUCUUUUAUAUGAUAAUUGGAAUACGUACGAUAGAUAUUAUCAUAAAAAGUAUAAAAUUAUUUGGAUUUAUUCUACACAAGCGAAAAAUUACAAAUGGAUUUGUAAAAGAAUUUACAAGAUACCUGAGUAUUUUGAAUUGAUAAAUAUGUCAAAAUAUGAUAAACUUUAUUUAAUUUCAAAUAAUUCCAUUUAUGAAUGGGAUCUUGAUGCUGAAAAGGGUACAAAAAUAUUUUAUAUUAAUGACAAGGAGUUUAAGUCACAUUAUAGUAAGCGGGAGCUUAAAAUUUCCAGCAAUGAAAUGUUUAUUUGUUUAAGAAUUAUGGAUGGAUUUAUUAUAUAUUCUAUUGAAUCACAAUUCCUAUUAUUUCUUUGGAUAUGA